AUGGAGAUGAGUGAGGAAGUCUGGUCAGGAAGUCAAGGUACCCUCUGCGUGUACGUAAGUAAGGCGAAAGAUUUGCCUAAUUUGAUUAAAUUGGAUAAACAAAAUGUAAUGUUACGAUUAAGGAUUGCACAUAUGACUAGAGAGAGUGACACCUUGUUCAGAGCAGGACAGAACCCUGUUUUUAAUUAUCUCGAGAAGUUUGAUGUAACACCUGAUGUUAAGCCGAUAAUGAAUGUUGAGGUUUAUUGUGAUAGGAAGAAGAAAGCACCGUUACCCAUUGGGAAAUGUGAAAUUGAUUUACUGAAUGGUAUAAGAGCUGAUCCAAAGGAGGGGUAUUGUACCUGGUAUGAAUUAAAAAGGGACAGGGACGAAUUUGCAGGUAUGAUAUUUAUCGAAUUGACAUUCACCCCUAAACUGAAUCAAAGCUACAGAGAGAGAACAGAUAGUGGAUUUGAGCGAUUGGAUGCCUCCAUUGCAAGUAGACCCAUACCACCCUUACCUAAUGAAAUUCCAGAUCUACCACCAAGUCCUUAUCAGCAUUCAGUGAAUGGUAGUGGCGGUUAUAUGCAUGCAUCUGAGAUGCGACAAGUUACACCUUCAGUAAGAAAUAGUUAUAAUGGGGAACCAUUAAAUGAAUUAGACUAUACCCCAUCGAGAACUUUAAACGGUGCUGCAAAUUUUACCUCUUCAGUCGAUACGAAUGAAACUACUUUCUCGCAGGCAACCAGUGAUACCGUAGUCACCGCUGAAUCAGAUACCAAAUUCCAUUUUGCAAAUUUAAGAAAGCUGAAAGAGAAGAUUAAUAUCUUUAAGAAUCCCAGUAAUUCUGUCGCCAAUGAAUCUAAAGAAUCGCCAGUUGAUAUUGAAGCGUUACAGAAGGCAAUUGGAGUAGCUUCGCUCAGUGAGGAUGACGAUAGUGAGGAUGGACGAGUCCAUUACAAUGAAACUACGCGAUCAUCAUCUAAGGUAUCUUCCGAUGUAUGCACGAGGGCGUCCAGUCGUAGAGACAGUAAUAUGAGUAUACAACCGCCUUUGCCACCCUUACCAGAAGGAAAUUUCCAAAGUGGAUCCAGAUCACCAACAUCGCGGAGAACUUCAAUACCUAGAAUGGGUGUCCAUAAUUACAGCCCGACAAGAUUACAGUCAAAUUCCACAUCAUUAUCUCCCCAACUUCCCAUGUUGCCGACUUCACCAUAUUCCAGACGAAAUUCUGCAUCGCCAACAAGGAGGAGAAUACCUCCGAAUAUGUAA